GUUUGACCUUUUUGAUAACAAUGCUUGUGAGCCAAACCCGUGCUUCAAUGGUGCCUCUUGCCAAAAGGUCUUAAGUACGGAAUUUAAAUGUUUAUGUGUUGAACCUUACACAGGAAAGCUGUGUCAGAAAGUGAGAAACGUUUGUGAGAAUGUUGAUUGUGGUCAUGGUGACUGUGUUGUCAACAAACAGAAUUCACCAUUUUAUGAAUGCAAGUGCAAAGCUCCGUACAGCGGCACAGACUGCAGGUCAAUGCCAACGUCUACGUGUGAACCCAAUCCAUGCCAGAAUGGAGGCUCUUGCAUCAAGCGAAAGAAUCAAUUCUGCUGUUUCUGUCCUGAUGGAUAUGAUGGGAAGUUCUGUGAAAUAGCGCCUACUGACUGUUACGAGGGAGAUGGUGAAACAUACCGAGGUGUCAGCAGUACCACAGUGGAGGGUAUGGAGUGCCUGAACUGGAAUUCUUCCUUCAUCGUAAUGCAUGGCCAUGAUCCUUUCGUCACCUACAAAGAACCACUGCAGGUGUAUUUCGGAAUUACCCUGACAAGAAACCCGGACGGAGACAUCAAACCUUGGUGCUUUUAUAAAAAGGACCGUAAAUUGAGUUGGGGCUACUGCAAAGUCAAGAAAUGCUCUGAAGAAACAACAACUGCACCUGAACCUGAACCGGAUCCUGCCAAGUUCUCCGCAUGCAGGAAACCUGAUGCUGUUCGUUUAAGUAGGAUUUUUGGUGGAAAAAGGUCUGUGCCCAGUGCUCACCCCUAGCAGGUGUCUGUGCAGGUCAGACCCAAAGACUCACAGUUUUUAUUUCAGCAUUAUUGUGGUGGGAUCCUCAUCAAGUCCUGCUGGGUCCUCACUGCUGCUCACUGCAUCUCUGACACUUUUGACUACCAAGUGGUAUUGGGUGGUUUUCAGUUAUCAAAAGAUGAGACGAUGGACCAGACCAUCACAGUGGAAGAAGUGAUUACCCAUGAGAAGUACAGGAGGACUUCAUACGCUGUUUACAAUGACAUUGCUCUGCUUAACCUCAAAGUUAUGGACAGCCCAUACUGUGCCAAGGAAACCCGCUUUGUGAUAACAGCAUGUUUGCCAGACAGCCCAUUCCCAGCUGGAAAGGAAUGUGUGGUCUCUGGAUGGGGAAAACAGAAAACAAGUGCAAACAGACACAUAUCUAUGGAGACAAUACUGGAUAACAGCAUGUUGUGUGCAGGCGUUUUGAGUGGAGGCAUCGACGCCUGUGAGGGUGACUCAGGAGGUCCCUUAAUCUGUUCGCUGAAUGAAACCAAAUACGUGGUGGGUGUGAUUAGCUGGGGCGUCGGCUGUGCACUGGUGAACCGGCCUGGCAUCUACGCUGAUGUUUAUCAGUUUAACGACUGGAUCAAAAGCAAGAUCAACUAAAUAUUUGUUGUUUUUUGUUGUCAUGAACAAACGCAGCAUCCUGAAGGAAAAGCAACAACAUGCUAGUUUGCCUUGGAAAA